UGAGUUGUAUGUCACAUGUUAAAUGCAAACAGCAUUGCAGUAUAUUGGGUUAAAAUAUUUUUUGAUUUUCAGGCACACGAUCCUGAUGAGAGAGAGAAAUGGAUACGCGGACUAGAAGAUACAAUAGUAAGACAUACACCAUCUAUACGGAGGUGGGACCCAAGCAAGCCAGCUCCAACAAUGGCAGACUUCGACAAGAAGUUAAUUGAAAGCGAUGUUUAUCUUCAACUCCUGAUUGAACAGACCAGCGUACUGGAGAAACACAUGUUAUCUACUGAUGAUGAAGCGGACAGGCAGCGCUGCCAAGAUGUCAUUACCAAUGUCAACACUGUUUUGGAGUCCAUCAAGCACUCGAUAGUUUUAUUACAGAUAGCAAAGAACACUGCCUUUCCUGUUAAUGGUGUGUAUCAUCCAUGUAAUGCCAUCCCUGAAGGAACAUCAUCAGCUUCAUCCAGUGAAGGAGUUGUUGGAGGAGGUGAGGGAGUCUGUGAUGGAGGUGGAGGAGUAGGAGGAGGAAGGGUGGGAGUAGUGACCUCUGCUGCAGAGAAUGAUGGAGUACCACUCACAGUGACUCCCACGGUUCGCACUGGUAUUGAAGUAGGCCGGGAGUGUGCUGAAGCAACUAAUGCGCUAGUAGGAAUGCAGCAGAGGAGUCCAGUACCGUGUGCGUUAGUGCCUCCAGAUACCGUCGUACCAGAAAUGUCGUACUCCAGCUCCGAAGAUGAAGACUUCUUUGAUGCCGAUGACUUCACUAGCACCACUCCAUCACAGAGCCCAAGUGGCCCUCGGUUAUUUGAAGUUGCCGUGGAGAGCAUACCCGGCCAGAGUGGCAUCAGCGAAUCAGCCAGCAGCGUCAGCAGUGCCUCCAAUGUCACGGCUUCACAGGUGCCUCUCCUCAACCCCCCGGACUCUUCCACAUCGCCAGGAGCAAGUGGUGGUUCAUGCAGUGGUGGUUCCACACAGUCCCCGUCCACACCCGCGCUACCUUCACACACACACAAGGCAUCAGUAUGUGGUGCUUCAGAUAAACCUUUCGACACGUCCGAGCCCUCCAUUGAUUAUGACCUGAUGUACGAGGAAGACGACGACCCUGAACUGGAGUCCAUGGAAGGCCACGGCUCCGUCAUACACCAUCUACUCUCACAGGUCAAAAUUGGGAUGGACUUGACCAAAGUUGUGCUUCCUACAUUCAUCCUUGAAAGACGGUCCUUGCUGGAGAUGUAUGCUGACUUCUUUGCUCACCCUGAUCUCUUCUGCAGCAUUGCUGACAUGACAACCCCUCAGGAUCGCAUGGUGCAAGUUGUUAAGUGGUAUCUGUCUGCCUUUCAUGCUGGACGUAAGAGUGAAGUUGCCAGAAAACCCUACAAUCCAAUUUUGGGUGAAGUCUUUAGAUGCUAUUGGGAGGUUCCUGGUGUGAAUACAAAAGGAGUAGACAUACAAGAUGGCCCAAUCCCUUGGGCUGAAAGUAAUCAACUGUGUUUUGUUGCUGAGCAAGUGUCCCAUCAUCCCCCCAUAUCUGCCUUCUAUGCUGAGCACAAGGAUAAGAGGAUCUCCUUCUGUGGUCACAUCUGGACCAAGUCCAAGUUCCUGGGUCUCUCCGUCUGUGUCAACAACAUUGGGCAGGGAUGUGUGUCACUCAUUGAUCACGAUGAGGAGUACAUUCUAAACUUCCCCAGUGGUUAUGGCAGAUCGAUCUUGACAGUUCCAUGGGUUGAACUUGGCGGUACUUGUCAGAUUACAUGUAACAAGACUGGUUAUAAUGCUAGUGUUGAAUUCUUAACUAAGCCAUUCUAUGGUGGAAAAAAACACAGAAUAUCAGCAGAAGUAUUCAGCCCGGGGGAAAAGAAGCCAAUACUAACAGUAGAGGGGGAGUGGAAUGGAGUCAUGGUAUCCAAGUUGCAAGACGGUGAAAGCAAGAUAUUUGUAGAUACUCAGAGUAUGGGCACCGUGAAAAAGAAUGUUAAAUCCAUAAGCCAACAAGCGGAAAAUGAGUCAAGGUUCAUGUGGAAAGACGUCACUGCAGGACUCAAAUUCAACCAAAUAGACCAAGCAACAGCAGCCAAAUGUGCCCUGGAACAGAAGCAGCGCGAUGAAGCCAAAUACCGUAAAGACAACGUUAUUGAAUGGGAAACUAAGCUAUUUCACUUGGUAGGAGAUAAUUGGAUCUACAAGAAGCCUCUGCUUAAGAGAUUGACUGAAAAGACUGAGCAAUAAGCUGGGUUUUGAGUUUAUUUUUUAACUGAGUGAUCAGGUGGAACAAAAGUGACUGCAUUGCCAUUGAGAUGAGUCAUGUGGAAGUCUUUGUCAGGCUUAGACUUUUAUUAAUUAUGUUUGUACAAUACAAAUUAUGAUAUUGGUUCACCACAUGAACAAUUUGAUGGCUGACUCUACCUUAUCAUUCUUUUGGAUGUGAUUUAUGUACAGUCCUGCAAAGUCUAUGUGAAACUUACUGUUAUCUAUGCAAUAAAAUGUAUAUAGGGAAAUCGUUUUAGAAGCUACUAAGACAGUAUAGUGAUAUAUACUGAAAAGUUGUUUCUACUAUUUGAGCUCUUAAUACCCAUAGAUUAAAAAAGAAAAUUAAAUAAAUCUUGAGUACAAGGUUAAGGAAUGCAUGUUAAUAUAUUUUGAAAGGAAGUUUAUUUAUCGUAUAAGUAAUGUUGAUUUAUGCACAAAUUUAUUAAUGAAGAAUAGAGACAAUAUUGUGUUGAAAGAAAGAAAGAGACAAUAUUUAAAUAUUAUGAGGUACAAUUGAUUUCACACUUGCAAUAAUAAAUGACGUAUGUUAUAACCUAUUUUCACCCGUGUGUAGCUGCACGAGUAGAGCCGUACUCGUUCUCUCUCAUCUUUAUUUAUUACACAUUAUGUUACUUUGCAGUGAUUAUAGCAUGCACCAUACCCUCACGGUACCAUUCCAGCUAUCUCCCAUUCUGUUAUCUUCUCCGCACCUUCAUGAUAGAACUAAAACUUUGCCAAGAAGGAAAAAGGCACAAUACCGUUACUGGAACAACAUUAAAUAACCCGCACAUAGGACAGAGAAGGCUAUGACGGCAUUUCAGUCCAACUUGGACCAUUUACAAGGCACGCUGACUUGUAAAUGCUCCAUACUGGACUGAAACACCGAAGGUUUCUCUCUCUGUUGAGUACCGUCUCAACGUAUAAACUUGGCUAAACAAGUAAAAAAAUAUAAAAAAAUAGUUUCGAAAGUUUUGAUUUUAAAGGUAUUAUAAUUUUUUGCACGAAUAAAUAUUAUACUGUGUUAAAGCAUUUCUUCUUAUGGCUAAAGAUGGCGAGCUGCUUCUUAGCCUUUUCAGUGACUAAUUCAAAAUUGUGACCUUGUUUUUUCCAGUUAGUAGUUACAAAAAUACUUUCUUAGGUGGGUUUUUUUAUAAUUUUUAAAUGGUAGUUUAUAUAUUUUAUGUUUCCAUGAGGGAAUUUUCAAGUGUUCUGUUUUAUUGAUUAUGUCUUGUAUGCCUUUAUUUUUUUUUUCUGUUAUUUAUCUUAAUUUACAAGCACCAUAAUACAGUACAGUCACUUUAUUUACAAGAACCAUAAUACAGUACAGUCACUUUAUUUACAAGAACCAUAAUACAGUACAGUCACUUUAUUUACAAGAACCAUAAUACAGUACCAUCACUUAAUUUACAAGAACCAUAAUACAGUACCGUCACUUAAUUUACAAGAACCAUAAUACAGUACCAUCACUUAAUUUACAAGAACCAUAAUACAGUACCGUCACUUAAUUUACAAGAACCAUAAUACAGUACCGUCACUUAAUUUACAAGAACCAUAAUACAGUACAGUCACUUUAUUUACAAGAACCAUAAUACAGUACCGUCACUUAAUUUACAAGAACCAUAAUACAGUACCGUCACUUAAUUUACAAGAACCAUAAUACAGUACUGUCACUUAAUUUACAAGAACCAUAAUACAGUACCGUCACUUAAUUUACAAGAACCAUAAUACAGUACCAUCACUUAAUUUACAAGAACCAUAAUACAGUACCGUCACUUAAUUUACAAGAACCAUAAUACAGUACCGUCACUUAAUUUACAAGAACCAUAAUACAGUACAGUCACUUUAUUUACAAGAACCAUAAUACAGUACCGUCACUUAAUUUACAAGAACCAUAAUACAGUACAGUCACUUUAUUUACAAGAACCAUAAUACAGUACAGUCACUUUAUUUACAAGAACCAUAAUACAGUACCGUCACUUAAUUUACAGGAACCAUAAUACAGUACAGUCACUUUAUUUACAAGAACCAUAAUACAGUACCGUCACUUAAUUUACAGGAACCAUAAUACAGUACAGUCACUUUAUUUACAAGAACCAUAAUACAGUACCGUCACUUAAUUUACAAGAACCAUAAUACAGUACAGUCACUUUAUUUACAAGAACCAUAAUACAGUACAGUCACUUUAUUUACAAGAACCAUAAUACAGUACCGUCACUUAAUUUACAGGAACCAUAAUACAGUACAGUCACUUUAUUUACAAGAACCAUAAUACAGUACAGUCACUUUAUUUACAAGCACCAUAAUACAGUACAGUCACUUUAUUUACAGGAACCAUAAUACAGUACAGACACUUUAUUUACAAGAACCAUAAUACAGUACCGUCACUUUAUUUACAAGAACCAUAAUACAGUACAGUCACAUAGUUUCAGUUAUUUCUAAAAUACAUUGUAAAAAAUUCUAGCAUUUCCUUUACAAUGUGUGAAAGCUAUCUUGGAAUUUGGUAAUAUUAACAAAGAUUCUCUCCCAUUUGCAGAAUCUUGUGGAUUUUUUUUUUUUUUUUUUUUUUUACACAUCAGUUUUCCAGGCUAAGAUCUGUUAUCCUACCUCAGCACAUUUUAAAGUCUAGCCCCAUUUAAGGUAUACUACCACCCCCAGGAUGCCACCCAUAACAGUCGACUAACAUCCAGGUACCUACUUACUGCUAGGCUUACUUUUGUUUACAAUCGUGUUCCCUAUCCAAGAUAUACUACCACCACCAGGAUGCCACCCAUAAUGGUCGACUAACAUCCAGGUACCUACUUACUGCUAGGCUUACUUUUGUUUACAAUCGUGUUCCCUAUCCAAGAUAUACUACCACCACCAGGAUACCACCCAUAACGGUUGACUAACAUCCAGGUACCUACUUACUGCUAGGCUUACUUUUGUUUACAAUCGUGUUCCCUAUCCAAGAUAUACUACCACCGCCAGGAUGCCACCCAUAAUGGUCGACUAACAUCCAGGUACCUACUUACUGCUAGGCUUACUUUUGUUUACAAUCGUGUUCCCUAUCCAAGAUAUACUACCACCACCAGGAUGCCACCCAUAACGGUUGACUAACAUCCAGGUACCUACUUACUGCUAGGUUUACUUUUGUUUACAAUCGUGUUCCCUAUCCAAGAUAUACUACCGAUAUACUACCACCGCCAGGAUGCCACCCAUAAUGGUCGACUAACAUCCAGGUACCUACUUACUGCUAGGCUUACUUUUGUUUACAGUCGUGUUCCCUAUCCAAGAUAUACUACCACCACCAGGAUGCCACCCAUAACAGUCGACUAACAUCCAGGUACCUACUUACUGCUAGGCUUACUUUUGUUUACAAUCGUGUUCCCUAUCCAAGAUAUACUACCACCACCAGGAUGCCACCCAUAAUGGUCGACUAACAUCCAGGUACCUACUUACUGCUAGGCUUACUUUUGUUUUCAAUCGUAUCUCCUUCAAGGGAAUGCCUUGAUGCUAGUGAGGAACCCUUGAUCCAAGGAAUUGGAGCUACCCUCCCCUUCCUCAAGUCAUACCAAAUUAAUUCCCAUUCCACAGUUGAUGUAUAAACCCUACAGGUUUAGCACUUCCCUUUGAAUAUAAUAAUACAGUUAAGUGAAGAUUUUUUCUUUUACAGAUAUUUUUGAAGAUUUUUUAACACACCGGCUGUCUCCCACUGAGGCAAAAAAAAAAAAAAAAAAAAAAGUUUUUACCAUCACUCACUCCUUCACUGUUUUGCCAAAUGUUUGCUAAUACUUCACUUCAGAUGCCCUUCCAAAUUGCAGUAUCCCCACCCCGUCUUCAGAGUGCAGGCACUGUACCUCACACUUCCAGGACUCGAGUCUGGCUAACUGGUUACCCUGAAUCCCUUCAUAAACGUUCUAAGAUUUAAUCACUUUUAAAAUUAAAUGCGGCAUCUAAUCAUCACUGUACCUGUGCAAGAUAGUGAAAUCUUUCUGCAAAAAUUUAUAUUCAUAACAUGUUAAUCUUUUUUUAUAAGUUUAAUACGAAUUAACCCUGUUUUUGAGGCAUAUAAUGAAGCUUGUGUAACUUCACUACAGUAAUCCUCUUUCUUUCAACACACCGACCACAUCCCACCGAGGUGGGGCGGCCCAAAAGGUAAAAUGAAAGUUUUUCCUUUUAUAUUUAGUAAUAUAUACAGGAAAAAGGGUUACUAGCCUCAUGAUCCCGGCAUUUUAGUCGCCUCUUACGACACGCAUAGCUUACGGAGGAAAUAUUCUGUUCCACUUCCCCAUGGAGAGCUUUCUCCUCAUUUUCUUCUUCUUCAAAAAAAAUCUUUCAUCGAUUCUAAUAACCUUUCAUAUCUUAUUUCUGGUAUUUUCAAAUUAGAUUUACAAAUGGCUAUACUGGACUAUACAAGAGUUUGCCGAUUUGCAACCAGUUUACUUAACAGAUUCUUAUUUUCCAAGUGUUUUGCCAUCUUUCUCUGAUUAGUUGUAUUUUAGCUGGUAUUCAACUCAGUAAUACAUACUUCUUUCUAAUUUAAAAGUAUUUCUCUAUCACUUGCCUAUGUUCAUGUAGCAUCUCACUUUUCCCUACCCCCCCCCCCCUGGGAAGUUCCAGCUGUUUGAGUCUGUUCUUUCUCUCUCCCUUGCUCGAAAGCCCAACUUCCUACGGUAGCUUCCCGCUCUCUUUUUUCUUGACCACUUCCACUCUCAUUCUCAUGCCAUUGCAGUGUACACAGAUGGCUCUAAGUCUUCUGAUGACGUCGGAUUCGCAGCAGUGUUUCCGGACAGCAUCGUGCGAGGGCAUUUACUAUCUUCGGCUAGCAUUUUUAAUGCUGAAUUGUAUGCCAUUUUUGCAGCACUUACCCGUAUUGCCUCUAUGCCUGUGUCAUCAUUUGUGGUUGUCUCAGACUCCCUUAGUGCUCUACAGGCUAUACAAAAAUUUGAUACUCCUCACCCCCUAGUUCUCCGUAUCCAACUUUGGCUACGCCACAUCUCUACUAAGCAUAAGGAUAUUUUUUUUUUUUUGGGUCCCUGGUCAUUUUGACGUGCAGGGCAAUGAACAGGCAGACACUGCUGCGCGGUCAGCAGUACAUGACCUACCAGUUUCAUAUAGAGGUGUUCCAUUUACGGACUGUUUUGCUGUAAUAGCUACCCACCUUUACACCCGUUGGCAACAACGUUGGUCUAAUCUGCUCUGUAACAAACUUCAGCCCCUUGUGGCUUAGCGCUUCUUUUUGAUUAUAAUAAUAAUAACAAACUUCAGUCUAUUAAACCGAGUAUAGGUAACUGGCUGUCUUCUUGUCAUCAGUGUCGAGGUUGGGAGACUACUCUCUCCCGUCUUUGCAUUGGCCACACUCGUCUUACUCAUGGAUAUCUCAUGGAAAGGCGCCCUGUUCCUCUCUGUGAGAAGUGUCAGGUUCCAGUAUCGGUUAGCCACACACUGUUAGACUGGCCUCUCUAUCAACGAGCACGCAGCAUUUACCUCCAACGUCGUCUCCACUCUCCUACUCUUUCUUUACCUUCCCUUCUUGUUGAUGGACCCUCCUUUAAUCCUGACUCUCUCAUUGACUUAUUGACAACGACUGAUUUACUCCACAAACUCUGAUGAUGAUACCUUUUGCACUCCCCUUAGCCCUUUCUACCUCAAUCUUUUGCUGCCCUUUACCCUUUUGCUAUCCACUGACCCGCUGUUCUCCGUAACCUACUACUCAUCCCUCUCCCUUUUGCCACCUGAUACCCUUGCUUCCUUCCUGCCCUGCAGCACUGUAUAGCCCUUGUGGCUUAGCCCUUCUUUUUGAUUAUUAUAAUAAUCUAUCACUUGUUUAUAUAUCUGCACAAAUAUUUAGCACUGUCAGCCAGACACUUUACCUUCGAGGGAGACCUUAAAUACAGCAUAAAGUGGGUUGCUAAGUUUUUAUGCAUAUACAUAUCAGGCUCCAAGGUGAUCCCAUCUGCUCUAACUACCAUAUUUUAACUACUAGACUUUGGUUUUGGUUUUACUUCCAUGUUAUUUCAUGCCCAUGCUAGAGUGAAUUACCCAACGUGACCUAGGUCAUCCAAGGUGACCCAGGAUGACCCAGUGAGGGUGACUUACAAUGACAGCCAAGUGAGCCAGAAUAAUCCAAGGCAAACUGGAAUGAAUCAUAGUAACCCAGAGUGACCUGAAGUCAAUUAAAUAUGCAUUUUAUUCUUUAUUAUACAGAGAGGUAUGUAAAAUAACUAAUGGCCUUAUUUUCCUCUCCAUUUUGUGGGUUCUGAAUAGAAGUUUAGGGAUUAGCCCCUUGUUCCCCAGCACAUUAGUUGCCUUCUACAGCGCACACACUCUUCAGAGGGUAGGCAUUGAAAUACUGAAGGGUUCUUGAUCUAUGGAACUGGAGCUUUCCUCCAUCUCCUUAGAUCAAAUUGAAUAUCUCAUUCCAUAUGCACUGUAUGACCUAUACGGGUUAAUUUUUCCAUGGGGACUGUUUCAUUGUCCAGUAAUAAUUACUACUUUUUAGUUACUAAAGCAUUUUCCAAUUUUUAGGGCUGUUUUGAAAUACAAUUGUCUUAUUUACACUUUUUUGUUAGUUAAAAAGCUGGCAGUGAUAAAAUAUGCAUCCAAAUCAAAGAAUUAUGAGCCACAUGUUACAUUAUCUAAGUAAUGGAUGUAGACAUUGUGGUGUGUAGUGUGUGUGUGUGAGUCUUAGUGAUGUGCGGUGAACAAAAUCUGUGCUCUAGUACACUAGUGAUUAUUACUAUAUGUAUCUUACCAUUUCUGAGUAUUAUACAAACUAUUUUGUAAAUUAAUACUGUAUAUACAAUAUGAAUAAAAAAUUGAAGAAA